GGGUCUACAUAGCCGCACCAUGGAAGGCGGUGCGACAAUGAGGGGCCUUUUCGUCAUUUGUUUUCUGUGGACGGUCGCAGAAGCUCAAGACUGCCAGCCCUUGGAUGUCAUCAACGGCAAUACAUUAACAAUUCAAGUCCCUGAAGCAGACGAUCAAAAUCUUUUAACUAACAAUCCAGACUUCUACACAAAGCAAAUCAGAAUUGGUGGAACCUAUAACCAGGGAGGGCUGAAUUUACAGCUAUCUCAAGGGACUGCAACAUUUAAUCCGAAUACAUACUUCGUUUUCACGACAGCACCAAAUAGCUUUACCGGAAUUUAUCUUCGUCUAAAUCAACCUGUUGAUAGAGAUGGAAAUACAUUAUCGGCAAGGAGUGUUGGAAGCAGUGAAACGUUCACACUCACAUGUACUACUGGGACAGGAACUACGAGAACGUACUCCUUGGUGGUGCAGUUUGUGGAUCAGAAUGAUAACAGUCCUAUUUUCCAAAACACUCCAUAUGCUGUUUCUGUGAAUGAGUUGACACCUAUUGGGCAGACAGUCUUUCAACAGAUCACUGCUACAGAUGCUGAUCAGUCAAUCAACAAUCGACAAAUCUCUUAUAGUUUUGUUUCUGGAGAUGGCACAAUUGGUGAUGGUAGUAGAUUUUUUGCCAUCAACCCAACAACAGGAGUGGUGACUGUGAGAGAAACAUUGGAUUACGAAGGUUUAACAAACCAGAAUAAGCAGUACACCAUUCAAGUUCAAGCAACAGACAAUCCAGUGAAUUCAGCUGAGAGGAGGACCAGUACACAGUUUUUCUCAGUGACCAUUAUAGAUGGGGAUGAUUUGGGUCCAGCCUUUGAAUAUUCAACCUGUUUUAGAUACAGUGGUUACUGUUUUGAUCCUCGCUACACAAGUAGUGUGACGUCAACAACACUGAAUAGCCAGUUGGUUGUCUUCCCUUACCCUCCACAAACUCCAUUUAACCAGGCAGUGACAAUUCAAGCCAGAGACAAGGACACACUAAAUGCUCCUAUUGUGUUUGAUAUUGAAACAACUGUGCCAAGUGGCUAUACAUCAUUCUUUUCUGUGCAAACUCAACAACAGACUGGGUCAAAUUUCUACUCUGCAUUCAUUACCCAGACCCAGAGCAUUAACAGAGCUAGUGUUGGUGGCACCCUGAAGCUUGUAUUACGGGCCUCUGAAGAGACUGGCCAUAGGCGCAGUACUCGUGCUAUAGUGGAUAUUAUCGUUUCGGGAACCAAUGACUUUGACCCAGUUGUAACAAGUUCCAGUGGUAGCUUUAUUGGUACGAUUAGUGAAGACGCUGAUGCAGGAACACCAUUGAGAGCCCAGGGCAGUACAGAUGCACUACAGCUGGUUGUCACAGACCAGGAUGUGCUACCUGGAGACCCAGACCCGACCUAUUUUUUCGUGCCUUCAUCCAAUGUAUUUACAGUGAACAGUAAGGGGUUCAUUUCCCUGAUUAGUGCUGGUAGUCUGGACUUUGAGACAGAUUCACAGUUUACAUUCACAGUCCUUGUAAGAGAAGCUAACACAAUAGAGAGACGCAGUGCCACAGCUACAGUGACAGUAAAUGUACUCAAUGCUAAUGAUAAUGCUCCAUUAUUCCCAGCUGCUGCCUACCAGGCCACCAUCAGUGCAGGAGGCUACACACCCAGUAAUGCAGUCACUGUUGCAACGGUACAAGCAACAGAUGCAGAUACAGGAAUAUUUGGCCAGAUUUCUUACUCUAUAACUGCAGUCAGUAACUCUAAAAAUGCCAAUGAUAAUGCCAUCAGUAAGUUCCGAAUCAGUGGCUCUCUUGGAUUGGUGGACUGUAUUGGGAGUGUAUCUGGAGAUGAGCAGUAUACCAUCACAGUCAGGGCUGCUGAUGGGGGCACAGGUCUUGAUCAAAGGUUUGCUACAACAGUAAUUGUGGUAGAUGUCACUGGGACAGCUGUUAACCAGGGUCCUUCAUUCACAGCUGGUACAUACAACAUCAGAGUCAGUGAGGGAGUCCCUGUAGGAGCCUCAGUGUUUGCUUCUCCUGCUUCUGACCCAGAAGGAAACACGAUAACAUUCAGCAUGCAAGACAUUACCUUCAACAAUAUCCAGAUUUCUGACUUUGUCAUGAAUUCAACAAAUGGGAUACUUUCAACAAGAAAUACUCUGGACAGAGAAGGAAGACCCAAUUAUGUCCUGAUUUUGUUUGCCAGAGAAACAUCUACAAGCAGGAGUGCCACUGCAACUUUGUCAAUUUCCAUCAUGGACAUUAAUGACAACAACCCAACAUUCUUAAACAAUCAGAUCUAUUCAUUCAGUGUUCAAGAAGGACAAUCUAGCCAGGUUGCUGUUGGAACAGUUACUGCAACUGAUAUUGAUCAACAAGGAACACCAAAUUCUGCUAUUUCAUACUCCAUUCAACCACUUCCACCCAAUACCUUCCAAAACCUGUUUACGAUUAACAGCAAUACUGGGGCAAUAACAACUCUACAGCCCCUGGAUUAUGAAACUCAGAGAACUCAUUACUUCUUGGUGCUAGCCAGAGAUGGUGCUAUUGCUAGUCGCACUGGUACUGCUACUGUCACUGUUAAUGUUCAGGACACCCAGGAUAGUGUUCCAAUCUUCACAGAGACAAAUUAUGCAGUGUCUGUCCCAGAGAAUAAUGUCGUUAGCCAGAGCAUCCUACAAGUUGUGGCUGCUGAUGCUGAUGCAAUCCCUAACAUUCAGUAUGUCAUCAUUAAUGGAAAUACCCAGGGUUCUGAUGGAUUUGCCUUUACAGUGGAUGGAACAGGUCGCAUAUUCUCUAAGAAUUCUCUGGACUUUGAGACUAAGCAGUUUUACCAGUUCCUCGUGACCACUACAGAUGGUCAGAACACGGCUAUUAGCAGUGCAACUGCCACGGUCCAGAUCACAGUUCUGGAUAGGAAUGACUUCCGUCCACAGAUUUCUGUCACACCAUCUACAACAAUAACUGUACCUGAAACUGCCAGCAUUAACACUGAAAUUGCAAACUUUGAUGCCACCGACAAUGACACACCUAACACAGAUAACAGUCGAGUGGACUUUGCCAUUGCUGGUGUGAAUCCAGGCACAGGGAAUGAUUUGUUUUACAUUAAUCCUUUCAAUGGAGUACUAUACCUACAAAAUCUCUUCACCUCAGAUGUUAACAGACCAUCAUCAUACCAGGUGACAGUAACGGCAACAGAUAGAGGCACACCUCAACAGAGUGACUCGGCAACAAUCACCAUUAGUAUCACCAGAAACACACAGAGUCCUGUAUUCACAAACUCUGGACAGUAUGCCACAACUAUAGCCCAGAGUCUCAAUGUGGGAGCCAGUGUUUUUACUGUCACUGCUACUGAUGGGGAUACAGUGUCACCAUACAACACAGUUAAAUACUCAGUCAUUGGAGAUGGACUUGCUAUUUCGUACUUCAACAUCAACCCUGACAGUGGCCUUAUUUCUGUUAGAGACAUAUUGACAAAGGAUAACUCAGCAACAUAUACUCUUCGCAUUAGAGCAACUGAUGGUGGAGGACUGACCGGAGAUGCCACAGUGUUCAUUUCUGUCACCAGAAACUUACAAAGCCCAGAAUGGUUACAAACAUCUUAUGUUCAGUCCAUUGCUGAGAACUACCCUCUUGGACAAGCCAUUGUCAACCUCCAGGCUAGAGACACUGAUGCACUGGCUCCUUACAACCAGCUGUCUUACUCCAUUACUGGUGACAGCCAGGCCAUACAGUUCUUCCAGGUGUCCAGUACCGGGGCUGUUUCUUUGCGUCAAUCUCCAACCCAGACCAGCCAGUCUCUGUUCUCAAUAAGAAUAAGUUUAGCUGACCAGGGUCAGCCCCCAAGGACAGCAGUUAACCAGGCAGUGGUGAAUAUCACCAUUAUCAGGAAUCAACAGGCUCCUAUCUUCUUUAGUACCGAGUACAGAGUGACCAUUCAAGAGACAGCCUCCAUUGGCAGCAGUGUGCAGUCUGUCUCUGCUACAGAUGGGGACACAAGUUCCCAGUUUAACCAGAUCUCCUACAGUAUCAUUGGAGAUGACACAGCUCCCAACUUCUUCCAAAUUGGCACUAGCACCAGUUCUGGAACAGGAUUCACUGCUCUAAUCACAAUCAAAGCUAGUUUACAGUCAGAGCCAACUGAUUUUUACAGGAUAAGAGUGGUGGCCUCUGAUAAUGGAUCCCCUUCAAGAUCUGCAACAGCUAUUGUUUAUGUCACAGUUCGUAGGAACUUCUUCCCACCUACCUGGACCCAGCCCAGUUUUUCAGGAAGCGUCCUGGAAACUCAGCCUUUGGGUGUCAGUAUUUUACAGGUCACAGCAACAGAUGCUGAUUCCCAGCCUCCAAACAAUGAGGUGGUCUAUGCCCUUAAUGCCUCCAGUACCUAUUUCCAAAUCGACCCCAGCUCUGGAUCUAUCUCUGUCAAAGUACCACUGUACACAGAUAAUACAGACAGAAAUCAAUACAGUUUGUUUGUGCGAGCAUAUGACAGAGGAAUACCCUCACUCACAGCAACAACCUUAGUGCCAGUGUUUAUUAGUGUUUUCCGCAACAACAAUCCACCCAGAUUUGUGAAUACUCCGUAUGCAAGAACUAUUUCCAGGGAUGCAGUAGUAAACAGCAAUGUUUACCAAGUGUCUGCUGUGGAUAAUGAUAAUAAUCAAUUUGGAACUGUGUCCUACGCUUUAGUGGGAGCAGACUCAGGAAGUAACUUCUUCACUAUUAACCAGAACACUGGACAAAUCACAUUAUCUGCAAGCAUUUCCUCAGAUGUGAAUACAGUGUACAGGCUUUUGGUGCAAGCCUAUGACAAUGGAUACCCUGCCCUGUAUGAUACUACAGUCGUCACUGUGACUGUGAACAGAAAUCUCCAGCCUCCUGUCUUCAAUCAGCCAAAUUACAAUGUUACCAUCUUAGAAUCUCAAACUCUAGGAGACACCAUUGUUACAGUGGUUGCUACAGAUCCUGACUCAUUGACUGGUACCAAUGAUGUUGAAUACAUAGCUACUGGUACAACACAGGCUUUGAAUUAUUUCUUUUUGAAUCCCAGCACUGGACAGGUGUCUGCCAGAAGACCACUUACUGAAGAUACCAACACAUUUACCAACAAUCAGUACCAGAUAACUGUACUUGCAAGAGACAAUGGAUCCCCAAGAUUACAGACACAAAACCCGAUCACAGUAUUCAUCAAUGUCAUCAGGAAUCAGUUCAGCCCAGUCUUCCAGAAUCUACCAUACGCCAGGAAUAUGCAGCAGACUGUGUCUGCAGGAACCAGUGUGUUCCAGGUCACUGCAACUGAUGCUGAUACUAGGACUCCUUACAACCAGGUGACUUACAGUAUUGUGUCCCAAAGUAACAAUGUCAACUUGUUUAGCAUACAGCAGGAUGGUGUGAUUAGGAUUACCAAUACCGUGACCUCUAGUUCAGAUGCCCAGUACACAAUCCUGGUGAUGGCAGCUGAUGGAGGGUCUCCCAGCCGCGUUGCAUAUGCCACAGUGGUGCUGACUGUAGACAGAAACCUUAACACCCCAUUCUGGGUGAACCCUGGCCAGGGUGCUAAUUACCAAGCAACUACCCAGGUGUUAGAGACCCAGGGUUUUGGCAGCACUAUUUACCAGCUGACUGCUUCUGACCAGGACUUCACUGCCCCAUACAACACCAUUGUAUACACUCUUGUUGGAGAGGACCCAGGUCCACUGUACUUCCAAGUGGGAGUAAAUGAUGGCAGAAUUACUCUGAGGUCCUCUUUAUAUCAAGACACAGUCAACAACCAGUACAGGUUGAUUGUAAGACUGAGUGACGGUGCAGGUCGUGUGGCGGCACAGAGUGCUACAGUUACUAUCAAUGUCAUCCGCAAUCAGAAUACACCCUUCUUCAUCAAUGAGCCAUACUCCCGUCUCAUUCAGGAGAAUCUACCAACUGGGACAUCAAUCUAUCAAGUGACGGCUCGGGAUAAUGAUGCUGCCAAUACCUUUGAACAAGUUCGUUAUGAAGUAAUUGGAGAUGGAUCAGCACCUGUAUACUUUGAUGUUAAUUCUGUCACGGGAGCAAUCUCCACAAAACAGUCUCUAUCCAGCCAAUCAGCUGCUAUCUAUUACCUACGUAUUCGUGCAUAUGACAAUGGAAUACCAAGCCGAAGUAAUACAAGUCUAGUUGUGAUUACAAUUAAUCGUAACCUGAAUGCCCCAGUGUUUGUACAGACCUCACUCUCGGCUAAUUUACCCGAUAACAAUGCUCUAGGACAAACUUUGAUUACUGUCACUGCUAAUGAUGCUGAUACAGCCGCUCCAUACAAUACUGUGCGCUACACCCUGAAAGGAAAUGCUGUUGCUCAGGAAUUUUUCUAUGUCGACUCUGUAUCAGGAGCUGUGUCUCUCAGGAAGGCCUUGUCUUUUGAUACACAACAAAAUCAGUUCUAUCAGCUGACUAUUGGAGCCAAUGAUUUGGGAACUCCUAGCCUCACUGCUAACAUUGACGCCACAGUAACCAUUAAUGUCGUGAGGAACUUGCAGACACCCUACUUCUUACAGUCCAAUUACGUAACCACCAUUCAGGAGAAUCAGGCUAUUGGAACCUCUGUUCUGCAGGUGUCUGCUAGGGAUGAUGACACUACGUCUCCUUUCAAUAUGGUGACCCUGCGAGCUGUUGGUGAUGACACUGGACCGACCUACUUUAACUUUGACACAACAACAGGUGUGAUCAGUGUCCGCCAGGACCUGAGACUGGACACAGCCACUAAGUAUAGGUUGAGAAUUGAAGCCAGAGAUGGAGGUAUUCCAGCACUGAGUGCAACAGUACUUGCGGACAUUAAUGUCAGGAGGAAUUUGUUUGCCCCAGCAUUCUUGAAUUUCAGUUAUGAAGUGACAAUUCCAGAGACCACGAAAGUAGGAAGUUCUAUUGUCCAAGUUCGUGCUACAGACCAGGACAGUAGAACUCCACACAAUAUAACUGUUUACUCUCUGGCUACAGAUUCUACUAACCAGUUUGCCAAUCAGUACUUUGAUAUAGACUACAACACAGGGUUUGUCUUCCUUAGACAGUCUCUGCUGAAUGAUAAUCUGAACACCAAUCGCUUCACACUUAGUGUAAUAGUGUCAGACACUGGAGUGCCACCUCUUACAAGUUCUCAGAGAGCCUCGGUCGUCAUCAAUGUCAUUCGUAACCAGUUUCCACCAACGUUUAUCAACACACCCUAUGCUACCACCAUCAAUCGUACUGUCCUACAAGGCACCACCAUCUAUACAGUGUCUGCCAGAGAUCAGGACACACAGGCUCCGUUCAACACUGUAGAGUAUGAUAUUGUUGGGGAUGACAACAGUGUGGUGUUUUUCAACAUUGACAGAAAUACAGGAUUGAUCCGACUGACACAAACUCUUUUCAGUGAAUCACAGACUGUGUAUAAUGUACGAGUUAGGGCUAUGGAUGGAGGAAAUCCUAGGUUGUCCUCAACUGCUGUAGUGGUUGUCACUGUGCAGAGAAAUUUGGCAGCACCUGUUUUUAGACAGAACAGCUAUGCAAUCACUAUUCCAGAGACUCAGGCCCCAGGCUCUCUUGUUCUUACAAUUCAAGCUGAUGAUAGUGAUAUCAAUGCUCCACACAACACCUUUAACUAUUUCUUCUCUGGAGUGAACACUCAGAGUGACAGAUUCUGGUUGGACUCUAACACAGGACAGAUCUUUGUUAGGAGAAUCUUGUCAGGAGAAACACAGAGCACAUUCACUUAUAAUGCAUUUGCCCGAGAUAAUGGUGUCCCACAACUGACCAGUACAACCAUACCAGUCACAAUCAAUGUGAGGAGGAAUCAGUUCCCACCAGUGUUCCAGAAUGAGCCAUAUUCCCGUGCUAUCACAUCAAGUGUUGGGUCUGGUACUUCUAUUGUAACAGUCACUGCCACAGAUCAAGACAACUUUUCUCCAUUCAAUGUUGUGACUUACUCUAUAAUUGGUGAUGACCAAGCACCUACAUUGUUCAACAUUAACCCAACCACUGGCUUCAUCACCAUGAGUAGUAACAUCAAUAAUGAUGGCACAAGCUUUUACCAGGUCCGUGUGCUGGCUUCAGAUGGAGGUUUUCCACCAUUGACAGAUACAACAGUUGUAUACGUAAAUGUCACCAGAAACUUGUUUUCACCUGUCUUCCAACCUGACCAGUACAGCAUUGCUAUCCCUGAGUCAGAGCCCCUGGGAGAGACAAUCACCACAGUUACUGCCCUUGACAGUGAUGCCACUUCUCCAAAUAAUGUGGUUGAAUAUGCCCUGUCUGGAAACGCUAAUGCCCUCAAUUACUUCCGUGUGGACUCGAGAUCAGGCCAGAUUUCACUGAUUCGCCCAGUAUCUGCAGACACCAGCAACCCAUCUGGUUACACUCUGAUUGUUACUGGAAGAGAUCUUGGUGUUCCAUCAAGGGCAGCUACAAACACUGCCACUGUGCAGGUGUCCGUGUUUAGGAACAAUAAUGCUCCCCAGUUCAUUCAGACCCCCUACGUCACAACUGUGGACAAGAAUACAGUUGACAAUAGUAAUAUCUAUACCGUCAGUGCUGUUGAUGCAGAUCUUCAGGCUCCAUACAACACACUGACAUUGUCUGUGAUUGGAGACGACAAUGCCCCUUCCCUGUUCUCUUUGACCCAGAGUGGAAAUAAUGGUAUCAUUCGAGUUAGGUCCAGUCAGAAUCUGGCCUCAGAUACAGCCAAUUCCUACAAGCUGAGGGUGCUAGUUGCAGAUGGAGGCUUCCCAUCUAGGACUGCCACAGCUACUGUAGACAUCACUGUCAGAAGAAACUUGUUUGCACCUCAAUUCCAAAACAGUUUCAUCAGGGUGACCAUAAGUGAAAACACUGUUGUUGGGAGCAGUAUCACACAGGUUUCUGCCACAGAUCAGGAUGUUGAUUCACCCAACAAUGUGUUCCGCUACGAGCUAUUUGGAGAGGGAGAUGCCCCUACAUAUUUCUUUGUCAAUCAGAAUGAUGGGUCAGUUACACUAAUCAGGAGUGUUCUCAACACAGGAGCAAGUGGAUAUAAUCUGAGAAUUCGUGCAAUCGACCAAGGAUUCCCACAGCUGUCCUCUAUUGCCACUGUGGAGGUGGUAAUCACUCGUGUGACAGAAGUUCUCAACUUUAUCCUGCCAUCCUACACCCGAGUCAUCUCAGAAAAUACAGCAGUGGCACUAACACAAGUGACUCAAGUAUCAGCUCAGCCAGGGCCUGAUGUUUUCUAUGAACUGACAGGAUUCAGUGAUGGUCCUGAUUACUUUAAUAUUAGUUCCGCGUCUGGAGGCAUUUUCGUCAGGAAAGACCUGAGACUAGAUCUUAACAAGAAAAGCCUGUAUUAUCUACAAGUGAGAGCCACAAAAACAAUAUCAGGACAGGUACAGACUGCUUUUGCUACAGUUAACAUUACAGUAACUCGUAAUGAGAAUGCACCAGUCUUCUCACAGAGUGUCUAUGAGGUUACAAUUCCAGAGACUGCAAUUCUUGGUUCCAAUGUAGUGCAGCUUACUGCCACUGAUCAAGAUGCUUUGGAUGUUGUACGCUAUGACAUGGUAGCUGCUGUAGGACAGACAGAGAAGUUCUAUCUGGGACCAUUCACAGGUUUAAUCACCCUCCGAGCUGUACUGACAAGUGAUGCCACCAACAGAUAUCAGUUUAAUGUGCUCGCACGUGAUCAAUCCUCACCGGAAAGGACUGCUACUGCAACAGUCAUAGUAAAUAUUAGACGCAGUAACUUCCCUCCAGUUUUUGUCAACACGCCAUACUUCACCGGUGUCAAUGUUGGAUCAUCCAUUGGAUCAGCCAUCUACACUGUUACUGCAACUGAUUCAGACCUCUUGGGAUCAAUUGUUUAUGAAGUGGAUGGGUACUUGUCUGCCCCUGCUUAUUUUGAUCUUGGUGUCCGAGCCUAUGAUACAGGUGCCCCAGCACAGUUUGCCCAUGAGAAUGUGACCAUCACUGUCAACAGGAAUCCUAAUGCCCCAGUAUUCAAUCCAGCCAGCUAUAGUAGAACCAUUGAGGAGACGCUGGCUCCCGGCAGUAGCCUGGUUCAACUAUCAGCCACUGAUGCCGAUGGACACAAUUUGCGAUAUGCAAGGCUUUCCAUUACCCCGACUGGAUUAGAAGACUUUUUCUAUGUGAACUUUGACACUGGUUUGAUCACAGUAGCUAGGAUGCUGACCCAGACUCAGGUGAACUCGAUACAGAUGACUUUUACUGUGACAGACAAUGGUAUUCCUGCUCGCUCAAGUAACACUCCCGCCAUUGUCAGCAUUCAGAUCCUUAGGAAUCAGUUUGAUCCAUUCUUUAUCAAUACACCAUACAUUACAACGAUUCAAGAGACUACCCCGAUCGGUACAAGUGUCCUCAGAGUCACCGCAUCAGAUCAGGACCAGAACACCGUUUUCUCAAACAUCACAUACUCACUGAUUGGAGAUGACACCAUGCCAUCAUACUUCACUCUGAAUUCAAACACUGGUCAGAUAAAUGUCAGGGCAUCCCUAACAGCUGAAAUCCGUGACAGUUACCAGGGCAGAAUUGUGGCUUUUGAUGGUGGAUCACCCCCUCGCAGUGCUACAGCAAUCGCCACAAUCAACAUUCAGAGAAACUUGAACUCUCCUGUGUUUAACCCCUCGAGCUAUGAAGAAACAGUUCUGGAGACCUUGCAAGUUGGAACCAGCAUUCUACGCGUAACUGCCACAGAUGCUGACAGAAGUUCUCCUUACAAUGUUGUUCGGUUCACAAUGUCCAACAUCAACUCCGUGGCUUCUACAUACUUCACGGUGGAUAGUGUGACAGGCUGGGUUACUGUCAGAGUACCGCUCAACCUGGAUGUGGCAGUCAACAACAACCAGUAUAUUUUCAAUGUACAAGCCACAGAUCAAGGGAGCUCACCCAGGUCUGCUUCUUUACCAGCUACAGUUACAAUCAAUGUGAUUCGUAAUCAGUUCCCACCGGUCUUUAUAAACACUCCUUAUGCCACCAGUCUGCCUUUCACUGUCGCUGCUGGCUCCAGUGUGUACAAUGUUAAUGCUACAGAUGCUGACACAAGGAGCCCAUUCAAUGUGAUCAGUUAUUCUAUUAUUGGAGAUGACAGGGCACCUAGUUUGUUUAGUAUCAAUCCAUCAUCUGGUGUCAUUGCCACAUCUUCACAAAGUCUUUUCUCUGACUCCAACACAUUAUACACUGUACGAGUUCUUGCACAAGAUGGUGGCACCCCACAAAGAAGUGCAACUUCCACAGUUCUGAUAACUGUGACCAGAAAUCUGAAUGCUCCUGAGCUUCUUCAGCAGAACUACACUGUCAGUAUCUUCGAGACGCAGAACCUCGGAGAAUCCAUCAUACAGAUCCAGGCCAGAGACAAUGAUAUAAGUGCUCCAUACAACACCCUGACUUACAGUUUGGUAGAUUCUUUGAACACAGGGUCUGCCCUGACUAGGGAGUACUUUGACAUUAACCCAAGUGCUGGCUGGAUCUAUGUCAAAAAGUCCCUAACUCUUACACCCAACAACAACUUUGUGGCUGUUGUAUCAGUUAAUGACAAUGGAACACCCCAGAGAUCUGCCUCUGUCUUCUCCUAUGUGACAAUCAAUGUUUUACGUAAUCAGUUCACUCCAUACUUCAUCAAUGAGCCCUACAGGGUUGAUCUGGGUAGUAACAUUGGUAUUGCCACCAGCAUCAUUGAUGUUACAGCCAGAGACAAUGACAGUCCAACUACACCCUUUGGACAAAUCACUUAUGACAUUAUCGGAGAUGAUUCUGCACCAAGCUACUUCUCCAUUAACCCUGGCUCUGGAAGAAUAAGCAUUGCAAGGUCCCUUACAGAACAAAAUGUAGAGGAAUAUAGGAUUCGUGUCCGUGCCAGAGACGGUGGUGUACCAUUCCGGUUCAACACAUCAGUGGUGAUUGUGACAAUGAGGCAGAACUUCCAGGCUCCAACCUGGCGUGUGCCCAACUAUAGUCAGACAGUUGUGGAGAGUCUGAGCUUGGGAACAGUCAUUCUUACUGUUAACGCCACAGAUGCUGACCCACUGCCACCACACAACACAGUCCGAUACUACAUCACAGCUGAUGCUGAGGAUCUGGAAUGCUUCUUGGUGAAUGAAGUCACAGGAGACCUGGCACUGAGACGUUCACUUCUGUAUGACCCCUGCAGGGCACAAGUCUUCAAUAUGAGGGUAACAGCUAGAGAUUUAGGAACCCCUCAGUUGUCUAGCACUCCCAUUGAGGUGUCCAUUUUCGUGGUGAGGAACAACAAUCCUCCAGUGUUUUUGAAUCUGCCCUACACUACACAAAUAGAAGAGACAUCUAAUAUUGGACGCUUAGUAUACAGAGUAACUACUACAGAUGCUGAUGUCCAGGUGCCUUUUAAUGUGGUUAAAUAUCAAAUCAUUGGAGAUGACUCGGCCACCACUUUUUUCAAUAUGGAUGAGAACUUUGGAAAUGUAACCUUGAAAUCCAGUGUGAACUUUGACACCACAUCAAAUUACAAGAUCCGAGUCCUUGCAUAUGAUGGAGGAUUACCCUCUCUGUCAGCCACAGCCACCAUUGAUGUUCUAGUACAGAGAAACCUCUUCUCACCUGUGUUCUCUCCCUUGAAUUAUGAAGUGACUAUAAAUGAGAAUGCUGCCCUCGGUGUUCCUUUUAUCUACGUGAAUGCCACUGAUGCUGAUGCUAGGAGUCCACAUAAUGUGGUUAGGUAUUCUGCCACAGGUAAUACUGCAGCCCUGGAGUUCUUCCAGAUCAACUCUAUUGAUGGAGGAGUCUCUGUUAAGAAGGCCCUCACUACUGUCUCUAACAGGAACAUCAACCAGUAUACUAUGACAGUGCAAGCCACUGAUCAGGGAGUCCCUAACCGCGUCAGCUCCCAGCAAGCCACUGUCCGCAUCAACAUCUUGAGGAACUUGAAUUGUCCAGUGUUUAACAACCUUCCAUCCAACAUUACCAUCAGCCAGAGCACUGGUAUUGGAAGCAGGAUCUACAAUGUGUCUGCUAAUGACCUGGACACUGAUCCCUCUUUCAGAGCCAUUACUUAUGACCUCAUUGGAGAUGACAAUGCCCCAAUCUACUUCAGAAUUGAUCCUAACCAAGGUUUUGUGACUCUCCAGACUGGUCUAUUCUCAGACUCGGGUGUUCAAUAUAAAUUGAGAGUACGAGCACGAGAUGGUGGAUCACCGCCUUGUGAAACCUACAAUGUAUUGACAGUCUCUGUCCGUAGGAAUGAGUUUGCACCACAGUGGAUUCCAUCAGCUGUGUACACCACCACCAUCCUAGAGACCCACAAUAUACUGCAGCCUGUCUACACUGUGACAGCUGUGGAUUCAGACACUUCUUCCCCUAACAACAUUGUAAGGUAUCAGGUUGUGUCCCAGACUCUGAACAGUGAUUUGUUUACAGUCAACGAUCAAACUGGUCAGGUUUAUCUACGAACAAAUGUCCUUGGCAACAAUGUCAACCAGUAUAACGUGAGCCUCUUGGCCCGAGAUCAAGGUUUCCCAUCAUUAGGUAGUGUUCAGGCCCUGUUGAUUGUGAACAUCCUACGUAACCAGAAUCCACCAAUAUUCAUUAACGAACCCUACAGCACAACAAUCAGUCAGAACCAGGGAACCUUCCAAUCCAUCAUCACAGUUACAGCCACCGAUGCUGACACAACAAAUCCAUUCAACCAGUUGGAAUACAGUAUUAUUGGUGAUGAUGCAGCUCCAACUUACUUCACCAUCAACAAUGCAGGUGUGAUCAAUCUAAGGCAGUCUAUUCCAUCUAUCAACACUGAUGUAUAUAAUAUUCGUGUCCUUGUCCAAGAUGGAGGUAAUCCUCGCCUGUCUGAUGUCACCACAGUUACUGUAUACGUCAACCGUAACUUGUUUGCACCCUCUUUCGCUCCAACUCAGUAUUCCCAGACUAUUCUUGACACUCAAGCAGUAGGUGUCCCCAUUGUCAAGGUUACCGCUCUAGAUGCUGACACUACGUCUCCCCAUAAUGUUGUGAGGUAUUACCUGGGAUCAGAUGCCACCAUCACAACCUACUUCUUAGUUGACUCCAUAACUGGAGAUGUAAUGCUCCGUCGCUCGGUGUUCAACAUAACAUUGGGAAAUCAAAAUCUUAACUCUUUUAGUUUCAAGGUGUUUGCCAAUGACCUUGGAACUCCCAGGAGGAACUCGUCUAAUGCUGCUGAUGUUUUUAUUAAUGUCAUCAGAAACAAUUUCCCACCCCAGUUCAUCAACACUCCUUAUUCUACUAACAUAGCAGAGACAGUGAGCGGAGGUUCCUCCAUUUUCCAGACCUCAGCCAUCGACCAAGAUACAAAUGCACCAUUUAAUACGAUCACUUACUCCCUGAUUGGAGAUGACAGUACACCAACCUUUUUCACUGUGGAACCAAACACUGGUUUGAUCCGAUUGAAGACUAAUUUGGACUUGACCACUGAUCGUGUGUCUACCUAUGUAGCUAGAGUUGUGGCCAGUGAUGGAGGUUUCCCCUCACGCAGUGCUACAGCAACUGUCCUCAUCAACGUCCUGAGAAAUCUCUUCUCUCCUGUGUUUUCCAAUGUUAACUUCAUCCAGGUCUCCAUUCGAGAAACUGUUCCUGUUGGAACCUUCAUCACAGACCUUAAUGCUACUGAUGCAGAUAAUUCCAGUCCAGAGAAUGUUGUGAGAUGCAGGAUUGUAGGAGAUGGCAAUGCACCAAGUCUCUUCUUCAUCAACUUUGAAACCUGUGUCAUCACACUUUCUGCCUCGGUUCAAAAUACUGGAGUGAAUUUCUACAGGAUCCGUGUAGAGGCUUAUGAUCAAGGAACUCCCCAGAGAAGCACAUUUACUUAUGUUGAGGUCAAUGUAAUCAGAUCUCAGGGCACACUGGCAUUUUCCCUGCCUUCCUAUGCUACCAUCAUCAGCGAGAAUCUGGAAGUCAACCGAAAUGUCAUCACUACCUUAGCACAACCAGGGACACCAACAUACAGUGUGCUAGGAGUGAACCCUGCACCAAGCUACUUCACAAUUAACCAGAAUACUGGUGCCAUCACAGUUAUCCGAGAUCUCAAGACAGACCCGGCCAGAUUACAAUUUUACCAGCUUGCUAUACGAGCUGUGUCCCAAGAUGGACUUUCCACUGCUCAGGCCACUGUCAAUAUCACAGUGAACAGGAAUGAGAAUGGGCCUGUGUUUACAUCCAGUCUUUAUGAACAAACUAUUGUGGAUACAACUCCAAUUGGAAAUUCAGUACUGCAAGUAACAGCAAGCGAUCUGGAUCAGGAUGUUCUGGAGUACAGGAUCACCACUGUUUCUAAUGUCACUGAUUUCUUCUACUUGAACCCAAGGACUGGAGUUGUCUCCCUCAAAACAUACCUGCUGUCUACCCUACAGAAUCAAUACACAUUUACUGUGCUGGCUACAGAUCAACGCAUUCCAGAAAGGACUGCCACAGCAGAAGUAAGAAUCAAUAUUCUUCGAGACAGAUUCCCUCCAAUCUUUGUGAAUGAACCCUAUGGAACAUCGGUAUCUGAGAAUACUGUGAAUGGUACAUCAGUAUACAGGGUCACAGCCACUGAUCAAGAUCUCAGGGGACAGAUAUAUUAUGAAGUGAUAGGCUUCAGUGUGGCUCCAGCAUUCUUCAGAGUUGGUCUGUUGACUGGCAUCGUUACUGUUUACGAUGCAGUUGGCUUAAAAGUGGAUCCUGGACUUCAGUACACACUACGUGUAGUUGCCUAUGACUCUGUGUACCCAUCAAACCGUGACACAUCAGAUGUUCUUAUAAGUGUCACUAGAAACGAGAGAGCUCCAAUCUUCUCACUUCCUUCCUACACUCAGACCAUCCCAGACACAUUCUCACUUGGUCAGAUGAUCUUAGAUGUCACAGCCACAGAUGCUGAUGGAGACAUUGUCAAGUAUGAAAUUACUGGAGGCACAAGAGCUCUGGAGUUCUACUACAUCAAUCCAGAUACUGGAUCCAUUUCUCUGAAAAAGCCACUUACAGAAGGAUCCCAAAAUCAGGACACCCUUAACUUGAGAGCUAGAGAUCAGAGGAACCCAGAGAGAUUUGGAAAUGCUAUUGCUGUUAUCAACAUUCAAAGAGAUCAGUUCCCACCAGUGUUCUUCAAUCAGCCAUACAUUACUACGAUACAGAGGAACAUUGGUGUGAAUGCCUCCAUUCUACAGACUACUGCUACAGACAGUGAUUUAAGGGGAGCAAUUAGGUAUGAAGUAACUGGUAAUUAUCCUGCCCCAACCUUCUUUGAUGUCAAUCCCUCGACUGGUAUGAUCUUCCUGACGCGAUCAGUGGCUUUAGAUGGACUGCUGUCAAACACAUACUUUGUUAAACUGAUUGCGUAUGACACAGUGUAUCCUAACAUCCAAGCCACAGCGACAGCUACCAUUAAUGUCAACAGAAACCCGAAUCCACCCAUCUUUAAUCCCAGUACCUACAGGGUCACUAUAUCUGAGAGUCAUGCCCUAGGCAGUGCAAUUGUGGAUGUCAAUGCAACAGAUGCUGAUCUUGAUGUCCUUGCAUAUUCCAUCGUUGGAAAUGCCGAUGAUUUCAGCUAUUUCUACAUUAAUCCUGAAUCUGGACUUAUUUCACUGAAACGCACACUUACAGAAGCUGUCGGAAAUCAGUUUGAUUUCAAUACCAUUGCUCGAGAUCAGAGUAACCCUGAGAGAACAGCUACAGCCUAUGUUGUUAUUGACAUUUUGAGGGACAAUUCCCCACCCAUAUUUGUGCGAGAGCCUUAUGUGGUGACUAAUCUACCAGAAACGAGGGCCGUUGGUAGCUCCAUAUAUACUGUAACAGCUACAGAUAAUGACCUUAAGGGUGAGAUUGUGUAUAGUGUUAUUGGAGACCUACAGACUCCAUUCUACUUUGAUGUGAACUCAAGAACUGGUAUUGUCACUAUCAAGAACAGCCUGGUACAGGAUAAUGCUCAGACCUACAUUUUGAGAGUAACAGCAUAUGACAGUCUAUCUACAUCAAGAGUAGCCACUUCCACUGUGUCUAUCAAUGUUAUUAAAAACCCCAGCGGACCUGUGUUCACUCUGCCAGCUUAUGAGGUCACCAUCCCAGAAACCCACUCUCUGGGUACCACAGUUGUCAAUGUGACAGCCAUUGAUAGUGAUGGGGACUCUGUGAGAUAUUCUUUGCUGGAUAACUUAAAUGGCAACAACCCACUGGAAUACUUCUUCAUCAUCUCUGACACUGGAUUAAUCUAUCUUUCUCAACCACUGACAAACAAUCCAAAUCAGAUUGACAGGUACCAGAUGACUGCUGUUGCCACAGAUCAGAGAACCAAUCCUAGGACAGCUACUGCCAGGGUUACAGUCAAUGUUUUGAGAAAUCGCUUCAGGCCCGUGUUUACUAAUACACCCUAUGGAUUCAGUCACUCUGAAAAUAAUGUGAUAGGCACCAGUCUGUACAGAGUAACUGCUGUGGACAAUGACUUAGUUGGCAGGAUAUAUUACGAUGUCAUUGGUGAUGGCAUUGCACCAUACUACUACAAUGUGAAUUCCCAAACUGGAGAGAUUACCGUCAGAAAUGCUCUUACCACUGAUAAACUCAAUGUCAAUUACAUUCUGAGAGUGCGAGCCUAUGACACAGCCUACCCCGCCGAGACAGCCACAGCCACAGUCAAUAUUGGAGUGUCUAGGAAUGAAAAUGCUCCCAUCUUCAGCCAGAACACUUACCGUGUCACCAUUAAUGAGACUGUAGGAGUUGGCACCUGUAUCUUGGAUGUUAAUGCUGUGGAUGCUGAUGGAGACCGAGUGGUAUACAGCUCAAAUGGGGAGAACUCCACAUUAUUUUAUUUCUUCAUCUCGGUUGACACUGGUCUUAUAUGUGUACGUCAGCCUCUUUUUGGACCAACACAAACGGAGUACAGGAUGAGAUUGAUUGCUAGUGACCAGUCUACCCCAGAGAGGUUUGGCUUAUCUGAUGCUUUCAUCACUAUCGUAAGGGACCAGGGACCCCCCUUCUUUAUCAACCAGCCAUACCAGACCACUAUCAAUGAACUGGACGCUGUGGGUCGUCAGACAUUUGUAGUCACAGCAAGGGACAAUGACUUGAUUGGUUCUAUUAGAUAUGAAAUGAUUGGAGACUAUCCCACACAAAGCUUUUUCCGAAUUGAUCCAUUCACCGGAAAUAUUACCAACUCAGUCAGUCUGAGGAGUGACAACUUAAGAUCCCAGCAAUAUGUUGCCCGCAUCAUAGCAUAUGACACAGCUAGGCCAACUGCAAGCGCCGUGGCCACUGUGAACAUCUUUGUCAUCCGCAACCCCAACUCACCCCAGUUCCUGUUACCUUCUUACUCUACAACAAUAAAUGAGAAUCAGGCUAUUGGGCAGUUUAUUCUGAACGUGACAGCAGUUGAUGCUGAUGUCCAGGACACAGUCUCUUACUCUAUCAUCAGCCAGCAGUCUUCUCCCAUCAGUACAAACAAACUCUACUUCUACAUUGAUCAGAUCAGUGGUAACAUCUGGCUCAGAGAGACACUUCUCUCCACCUCAUUCAGUCGCUUUGUGCUUCAGCUUCGAGCCUGUGAUAAUGGUUUCCCCCAGAGGUGUGCCAACAACACAGCCUUCAUCACAGUCAAUAGAAAUCAGUUCCCACCAGUCUUCAUCAAUGCUCCAUACUUCCAGAGGAUUGAGGAGGAUAGAGCUGUCGGCAGUAGUGUCCUUACUGUCACUGCCACAGAUCAAGAUCUGAUUGGGGCUAUUGUGUAUGAAGUGGUUUUACCAGGAUCUCCAUAUUUCUUAGUGGAUCCAGCUUCUGGUGUGGUGACAUUAGCAUCAUCAGUAAAAUUGGACACCAGUGUACAAUAUAGGUUCCAAGUGGCAGCCUAUGACAACCAGGAUCCGACCCGUAGAACCACCAGUCAGGUCACUGUGGAGAUUACCAGGAACCCUAGUGGUCCAAACUUCCUCAGUGCCCAGUAUGAGACUACCAUUGCUGAAACUUACCCACUAGGAGAAGGGGUCAUAAAUGCAACCGCUGUGGACCAAGAUGGGGAUCGCUUGAGAUACUCCAUUCUAACAGAUGAUAUUUCGAAACAAUACUUUUACAUCAAUCCCGACACAGGAGUCAUCUCUCUAAGGAGGGUACUGACUGACAACAACAUUGCUAGGUUUACUAUGAGACUUCAAGCCUCUGACCAGCGGGUGCCUGAGAGAGUAGCCACCAUCCAGGCUUUUGUGAAUGUUCGUCGAGACAACCAACCGCCCUUCUUUGUUAACACUCCCUAUGGUAGAUCCAUUCGUGAGAAUCAAAUCGUCAAUUCCACCCUCCUUACUGUCACAGCUACAGAUACAGAUCUAGUGGGUUCGAUAAGAUAUGAAUCUAUUGGCAUCUUCCCAGCUCAGACUUUCUUUGAAGUAAACACUGUUUCUGGAGCUAUCAAUAUUAUUCGUUCUGUUCGGGACGACGUCAUUCUGAGGUCUUCAUACACUUUACGACUCAUUGCAUAUGACACAGCAUACCCAACAAAUCGUGCCACUUCUGAUGUGAUCAUCACCGUCACAAGAGAUGAGUUCGGUCCAGUCUUUACUCCCUCAGCAACAUAUGAAAUAACUAUUCCAGAGACAACUAGUAUUGGUAGUCAGGUGAUUACCGUCCUGGCUGUGGAUCAGGAUGCUAAUGAUGUCAUCACAUAUCAGCUGGUAAACUCCACCUCCAACGGAACAGAGUACUUCUAUUUGGAUAGGGAUAACGGAGCUAUUACUCUCAGGAGGAGUCUGCAGGGAACAUUUAUCAAUGCUUACACACUGACAGUUCGUGCUACAGACAACAGAAUUCGUUCUGCCUUGGCAACUGUUCGUAUCUUCAUAACAAGACAAGUCAACCAACCUCCAGUCUUUGUCAACACACCAUAUGAAACUUCAAUGGAAUUCAAUCGUGGAAUCAACUCCACUGUCUACACAGUGACUGCUGUUGAUGCAGAUUUACAGGGUUCCAUUCGAUAUGAAGUGAUAGGGUACUUCCCAGCCACUGAAUACUUCAGUUUGAACGUGAUCACAGGACGCAUCACCUUGAUAAGAACUGUGGCAAAUGACCAGUAUUCCUCUCUUCUUUAUGUGAUGCGUAUUGCUGCAUACGACACAUUAGACCCAACCCGUAGAACUGAGGCCAAUGUUCUUAUCAAUAUUAUUCGUAAUCCAAGUGCACCAAUCUUCAGUGAACAGUCCUACUUCAUUACUGUCCAGGAGUCGGUCAGUCUGGGAACCAACAUCAGGACAAUUACAGCCACCGAUGCUGAUCUAGACACAGUCUCUUAUGAAAUCAUUAACCAGAACACAGCUGGCACUAACUAUGCUCGAGAAUAUGUCUUCUUGUCAUCAUUCUCUGGAGAUAUCAUUGUGAAGAAAUCUUUUGUGGGAAUUGGAACAAGUCAGUUUACGUUCACUGCCAGAGCUAGAGAUCAUAAAUAUCCAGAGAGGUUCGGAACAGCCUCUGUCACCAUCUCUAUUGUGAGAGAUCAGUUCCGUCCUCAGUGUCAGAAUUCUAAUGCAGUGACCACCAUUACAGAGACCAGAGGUGUCAAUGAGACAUUCCCAUUCUACACUGUUGGUGUCACUGAUGGAGAUCUAAAGGGAAGCAUGGUUUACCGAGUAAUUGGAGAUGGGGCUGCAUUGGCUUACUUUGGAAAUAUUGACUCAAAUGGUGGACUGUAUGUAACCAGAAACCUGAAAUUGGACAGUCUUACUCAGUACACAGUUCGUGUUGAGGCUUAUGAUUCUGCCUAUCCUAACAACCCCACAGUGUGUACAGUGUCUAUCAAUGUCAUUCGUAACCCUAGCUCACCCAUCUUUAUUGGAAAUUAUGAAACCACCAUCAAUGAGAACUACCCUGUUGGUGAUGUCAUUUUGACGGUAACAGCUAGAGAUGCUGAUCUGGACACUGUGACCUAUAGAAUUGUGGCACAGGACUCCAAUAAUUACUUUUACAUUGCUCCAGAGUCUGGUGGAAUUUAUCUCCGCAGAAGUAUUGUCUUGUCCAACACCAUCAAUAACAGAUAUGUGAUGACAGUUCAGGCCUCAGACAACCGCCUUCAGCCCAGACUGACCAAUGCCACUGUUAUUAUCAAUGUUGUAAGAGGACAGCCACCAUUCUUCAUCAAUACACCGUAUUCCACCUCAAUCAAUGAAAGAGUUGCCAUUGGAACAUCAGUUUACAAAGUCACAGCCCAAGACAAUGAUCUCAUCGGAAGCAUUCAGUACAACCUCAUUGGAGAUAUUCCAGGCUCCAGCUAUUUCAGAGUCAACAGUACGACAGGAAUUGUGUUCGUCGCUGUUAAUCUCCGUCAGGAUAGUACACAGUUCUACCAGUUGAGAGUAACUGCGUUUGACACAGCUGUCCAGUCACAAGUAGCAGAGGCACUAGUCAGUAUCAAUAUGAUCAGGAACGAAAAUCCACCCAUUUUCAUCAAUGAGCCAUACACAACCACUGUUCCAGAAAGUCUUGGCCUGGGAUCCAGUGUAUACAAAAUAUCAGCCACAGAUGCAGAUAAUGAUGUUUUGAGGUACAGCAUUGUGGGUGUGACAUUUGCCAACCAGCAGAUCUUCAAUAACACUCUUCUGGACUACUUUUACAUCAACCCUGACACUGGAAUUAUCUUCCUUACAAAGUCACUGACAAACUUUGGAUUUGCCACUCUUAACCAGCUACAGAUUACUGUGAGAGUAACUGACCAGAGAGUGACCCAGGAGAGAAUUGAUACAUCCACUGUAGUGGUCAAUAUCCAGAGAGAUCAGUUCCCACCAGUGUUCCAGAACACUCCUUACAGUGUCUCCAUCACUGAUGGUCAAGCUAUCAAUUCCACCAUCUACACAGUGACAGCAGUGGAUGCUGACUUGAGGGGAAGAAUAGUGUAUGAAACUGUUGGUGUGUACCCUGCACAGACCUUCUUUGCUGUUGGUAAUGUAGAUGGGCAUGUCCGAGUCAUUGAUAACCUGAUGAAUGAUGGAUUCUACAGGUCUUCAUACACUUUGAGAGUGAUUGCAUAUGACAAUGCAUCUCCAGCCUUGCGAGCCACUGCUGACGUCCUGAUAUCUGUCGCAAGAAAUGUCAAUCCACCCCUCUUUGAUCAGCAAAAUUACCAGCAAACCAUCCCAGAAACAUUCGCCUUUGGUAGAGGAGUACUCAGUGUCAGAGCAACGGACAGAGACAAUGAUGCUAUUACCUACUCUAUCAUAGGAGAUACACAGAAUGGAAUUUCACUGUCCUACUUCUUUAUUGAGCCAGCCAAUGGAACAAUCUAUCUGCGACAGUCUUUGGAGACUACAAGUAUUGACCAAUUUACUUUCACUGUUCAAGCCACUGACAAUGGUAGACCUAGCCGCUCUACCACAGCACAGGUGAUUGUGUUUGUGACCAGGAACCAAUUUGCCCCUGUCUUUAUCCAGACCCCAUAUGUGACCAGUGUUCAAGAAAACAGUAACAAUAACUCUUUGAUUUACACUGUAACAGCAGUGGACCAGGACUUACAAGGCAGGAUUGUGUACCAAGUCACUGGAACUCUCUCUGCUCCCAGCUUCUUCAGGGUAGAUCAGGAUGGACGUGUCUACACCAAAGGAAAUCUGAGGACUGAUGUCUCACUUACCUAUGUGCUUCGGGUGCUGGCUUAUGACAGUGCAGUCCCAUCUCAGACAACAACUGCUGAUGUCACAAUCAAUGUCCUCAGAAACAUCAACCCGCCCAUCUUCUCUCAAGACACGUACUCUGCUCGUGUCAGUGAGGCCACCAGCAUUGGUUCCAGACUCAUAGACACUGUUGCUACAGAUGCAGAUAAUGAUCGCUUGACCUACUCCUUGACAAACACAGAACAGAGAUGUAUUGAUAUGUUUUUCAUUGACACUGCUAAUGGUGAUAUUUUCCUAAAGAAAUCUUUACUGGACACCUCAGAUGUUACAUUCACAUGUACUGUACGAGUGACAGACAAUGGCUAUCCCAACCCACAGACAGACACAUCCACAGCCAUCAUUACUGUAAAUCGAGAUCUGAACGUACCCGUGUUUACAAGCAAUGCUCGAUAUGCUGUGACAAUUGAUGAGACUACCAACAUCAGAGCCUCCAUUCUUAAUGUGCAGGCUUCCAGAUUAAACUUAGUGGGUCGUAUUUACUAUGAAUCAGUGGGAGAUUAUCCAGCACAGAGUUUCUUUAGAGUACAGAACACCAGCGGUGCCAUUAAUGUGAUUCAGGAUCUACGUCAGGACAACUUGCGUCUAAAUUCCUAUGUGUUAAGAGUAGUUGCAUAUGACACUGGUGUUUCUCGUUUGAGAGCCACAGCUGAGUGUUACAUUACUGUAAGAAGAAACCUGAAUGGUCCCAUUUUCAAUCCUGCCACAUAUGAAGUGACAAUCCGAGAAGAAUUGGCUGUCAAUACCUACAUCCAGAAAUUGAAUGUCUCAGAUCCCGAUGGAAAUCGAGUGACUUGCUCAAUGUCUGGAGACCAGAAAGCUUUGAACUACUUCAGUAUUGAUUCUCAGACCUGCUUUGUUAGAGUGAGCCGACUUCUGACCGAGGAUACCACCAGGGAUAUCAGAUAUACUGUGACAGUGACAGCCACUGACAAUGUCAGCCCCAACCCUCAGUUUGCCACUGCCACCGUCUUUGUCAAUGUUCUCCGGGACCGCUUUGCCCCUCAGUUCACCAAUCUUCCCACUGUGAUCUCAGUCCAAGAGUCUGCCAGCAUUAACACCACAGUAUUCACUGCUACAGCUACAGACCAAGACCUGAAGGGAUUUAUUGUGUAUGAAAUGAUUGGCAUGUUCCCUGCUCAGAGCUUCUUUGACAUCAAUCCUAGCACUGGACGUGUGUUCCUGAGGAAUGGUCUUUUGUCUGAUAGUCUGCAGACCUCAUCAUAUGUGGCCCGGUUUAGAGCGUAUGAUUCCGUCUACCCCAAUAACAGAGCCCAGGCUGACCUGACCAUUUCAGUAACUAGGAACCAGAAUGGACCUGUCUUCAGCCGGGCCAGAUAUGAGAUUACCAUCUCAGAGACAUUCCCUCUUGGCAAUGAAGUGCUAGUUGUGACAGCCACUGAUUCAGAUGGGGAUAAAGUCAUUUUCUCACACCUUGGAUCCACAAACGAUCAGAGCUACUUCUACCUAAAUCCAGAAACCGGAAGAAUUACUCUGCGAAAGUUAUUAACUGGAAUCAGUCAAAACCAGUUCACAUUCGGUGUAAGGGCCACAGACAACCGUCCUUCCACUGUCGCCCGUACUGCAGAGGCCACUGUUAUCAUCAGCAUUAUCAGAGACUCUGGACCUCCACAGUUUAUCAGCACACCAUACAUAACAUCAGUGGCAAUCAACAAGGCUGUCAAUACCUCCUUCUUCAAUGUUCAGGCCAUUGAUAAUGACCUCAGAGGAGUGAUUCGCUAUAGACUGGAUGGCUACAGUCCAGGUACACAGUACUUCUUCCUGGAUCAAGCCACAGGGGCCAUCUUUGUUAGACAACCCCUAACUCAAAUCUCAGGCUUGAAUAUCUUCACCACAUUCACUCUAUUGGUCACUGCCUAUGACACUGGUGUACCUGAAAUCACAACUUCUACCAUAGUAACCAUCACAAUCACACGAAACCUGAAUGCUCCCGUCUUCUCUGCCAAUCGUUAUGAGGACACCGUCUAUGAUUACCUGGGAUUGGGAAGUAACGUAUUACAAAUCACGGCUACAGAUGCAGAUGUGACAAGUCCUGAGAAUUCAGUCAUCUAUGAUCUUCAGGAUAACUCUGGAUUCUUCACCAUCCAUCCAUUUAAUGGAAUGAUCACUGUGGACAGAAGACUCACAGAGGACAACUCAAGGAGAACAGUCUAUGUGUUUGGUGCCACUGCUAGAGAUCAGGGAAGCCCAAGCCGAACUGGAACUGCCACUGUCACCAUCAAUGUAAUCCGCAAUACUGGACAACCUACAUUUGUUACCUCCAUUAACUAUGAUGUCACUGUCAGUGAGAGUACAUCUGUACUAACCACCCUGCUCCAAGUGAGAGCAGUAGACAGUGAUGAUGCCAGCACACCUAAUGGACAGAUCCGUUACAGUAUUGUCAGUCCAGCCCUGGCAUUAUCAUACUUUACCAUUGACCCCAUCUCUGGUAACAUCACAUCCAGACUAUCUCUUGUUAAUGUACCAGAUGAUAUUUACAGAUUCACAGUGCAGGCCACAGACUUGGGUAUACCAGCUCUGUCCAGUCAGAUUUCUGUUACAAUCCGAAUCCAGAGGAAAGGUUUGCCAUCAUUUGACCAGGAUGAGUACACUGUCACCUUUAAUGAGGAUUACGCUGUUGGCAACAACAUUCUACAGCUCCAGGCUACCGAUCCGUUGAAUGCACAAUUGCAAUACGAUAUCACUGGAGAGUCCAACUCUCUGAUCAUGUUCAGAAUCAAUUCCCAAACAGGACAGAUAACUCUGGCACAAUCUUUCCGAUCAGAUCCAGCCAACUCUUUCUUGAUCCGUGUGGAAGCUUUUAGGACAAGCGAUCCCACCAAGAGGGCAUCCACUAAAGUGAGGGUGUUUGUAACAAGGAACACGGGGGCACCUGCUUUCAUUCACGGAAACCUGGAGAUAACUAUUCUGGAAGAUCAAGCUUUAGCUCAGGGAAUUGCUGAUUUGAAUGCCACAGAUCCAGACUCUGGUGAAAAUGGCCGUAUCACAUAUGUAUUGAGAGGAGCUGAUUCUGUGCCUUCCUACUCGGAUGUGUACUUCUAUGUAAACCCAACAAGUGGUGUGUUGUAUGUCACAAAGCGACUGUCAGAAGACACCCAGCGACCUUCCAGAUAUGUUCUCUCAGUGACAGCUUUUGACAACGGAAUACCACAGCUUAGUGGAAGAGUCAGUGUAACUGUUAAUGUCAUACGUAAUCGCAAUGGACCAGUUUUCUCUGGAAAUGCAUAUGAAACUACUAUUGAUGAAUCAUCUUCAGUUGGCACCAGUAUUUUACAAGUCCAAGCCACAGAUGCUGAUGGAGACCAGGUACGCUAUAGCAUUAUCAGUGGACUUCCAGGAUCUCUGUACUUCAGGAUUGAUGAAGUCUCUGGUGUUAUUGGAAUAUCAUCAGCUCUAACACAGACAGGACAAGAACAGUUUGUGAUGACAGUACAAGCCAGGGAUGUUCCAAGCCAGAUCGCCUCCUCCAGAUAUGCCACAAUCCAAGUCACCAUCAAUGUCCGUCGUAAUCCUAAUGCUCCAGUCUUCCUACAGAGUCUGUACAACCUGACUAUUUCUGAGUACAUCAGCGUUCAGGACCUGAUUGUCACAGUUUCUGCCACAGAUGCUGACUCUGCUCUCACUGACAGUGGAAGAAUUCGCUACAGAAUUAUCCAAGCCAGCUACACUCCACCCAACCAGUUUGCUCAAUUUGUGAUCAGCGAGUCCUCUGGUGGAAUUUAUCUGAGCCAGCCAUUGACCAGAGAUGGUGUUCCAAACUCCUUCCAAUUAAUUGUUCAGGCCCGGGAUUCAGCAGCCAAUCCAAAAUCUGCCACGGCUACCGUUUCAAUUUUUGUUGUCAGAAAUAUCUUUACACCAACAUUCAAUCCAAACAACUACACUGCUCAGAUCUAUGAUGCAUCAGCCAUAGGUACCUCACUGUUUACAGUGACAGCAACAGAUGCUGAUAGGACUAAUAGUUACAACAGAGAUACUCCUAAUGCUGAGUUUGACUAUGUAAUGGAUGCAGACUUUGCCUAUGAGAACCAGUUCUUUGAUGUCACCAAGGAUGGUAAAGUUUAUGUCAGAAAAUCUUUGAUAAAUGGGGAUGGCCGAACUGUGUUCCACUUCCGAGUGGUGGCCUAUGACCGCAGCUGGAAACCAAAGGCAGGAAAGACAGACUGUUAUGUAACUGUGAUCUAUUCCUCCCUGAGACCAAGAGGAGUUGGAUUCACUCUAGGACUGUACAAUACAACCGUGUUUGAGAAUUCUCCACUCCAGACCAACCUACUCACAGCACAGGUUGAGAACCAUGACCCAGAUACCAACCUUGUCUGUUACAUUUAUUCUGUGUCACCAUCAACAUCAUUAAGUUUAUUUGAUAUAUCUGUGGUUGGAAAUGCCUGUCAGCUUAGGGUGAGUGGCACUAUUGAUAGAGAAGCCAGUGGACAGUACAUUAUUGUAAUUGGAGUAAGAGAGGAGGCCAGACGGACAAAACGUCAGGCAGCAAAUCAACAAACUCCAUAUGUAUACAACACCUUCCAGAAUGCUACAGUAAUCUUAACAGUGCUAGACAGAAAUGAUAAUGCUCCACAGUUCUCUUACCCAGUGUAUCCACCACAACUCACCAACAGAAAUUUCUAUGUUGGAGCAAUCUCAAUCAAUGCCCCAGCUGGAAGCAGCGUUCUUAGCAUUCACGCUAGGGAUAUAGAUGCUGGUCUUAAUGGUCAAGUUGUAUAUGAAAUUUUGGACAAUACUGUUCCAUUUGGCCUCAAUGCUUCGACGGGAGUCAUUUUCUCAUUCCGUGAAUUUUUCCGAACAUCUAAUGCAGACCUCAAUCCAUACACCUUCAACAUCCGAGCAUCAGACAGAGCUAGUGCUCUAGAGCAACAGGCCACAGAAACCACAGUCUAUAUUGACCUGAUCGAGGACAGAAACAGAUUUGUGAUGGAAUUAAAUGUACCACCAAGAGAUGCUGUGAGAGACAUUGAAACCACCAGACGAGAAAUCCAGAAUGCCACGCAGAAAAUUGUCAUUAUCGAGUCUAUUCAGGCCAGGCGUAUUUUACAGGGUGGACAGCUUAGCUAUGACGAAAGAUACUCUGAUGUCAUAUUUGUGGUUUCUGAUCCAAACAUUGGAUAUAAUUUAGUGGAAAAUACUCAGUUGAAUCUGAUUGGAGCAUCAACAUCCAGUGGAACCUUGGGACAGAUUAACUCAGCCCUUAGCCGCACAGUAGAACUUGUCCGAGCUCCAUUCAGCAUCAGUAACAUUCAGAGUGUAGCCUCAGGCCUCCAAGACCGCGGUAACAUCGUACGCGUAAUGACCAAAUCCUACACCUGGUGGCAGGACGAUCCUUGGGUGGCAUUCGUUGCGCUGUCUGCCAUUGUAAUCCUGCUGGCUUUGGUUGGACUUAUAAUCCUCUUCUACUCAUGGUCAAGAUACAACAACUAUUUGGCUAGCUAUAGAGUUUACAGAAGAAAUUAUGAACAUCAACCAGACUUUACUAAUCCUCCAAGCUUUUUGAAAGAAUAUGAAACACAGAGUUUGAACAUGUAUGUUCCUCCUGAUGAAACUGGACUUCAGGACCUCGGGGAAAUUAACAUGAGUUUUGAUCGUGAUGCUUCCACCCGUAGCCAAGGGGCCAGGGUGGUAGCCCGCAAAAAUCCAGUGUAUGACAACCGCGAGCAAAUUAGACUUGUCACUGGUUUUCAAGACACAAGAACCAAUUUAUAACCAAAAGAAGACAACUACUUACCCAAAAGACUAUUAGCUAUAACCUCAAGUGCUAUCCAAUCAAAUGACUUUAUAGUUUACAUUUUUAUUAACAAAUUUUUUCUGUAUACUCUAAUCUUUACAAAGUUUUGAUACUUUUGUAAUAAACCCUUAAAAAAUGUGA